GUUGGUACCACGUGAUCCUCGACGCGUCCAAUGAGGGUGGGCGGUCUAACCACAUGUUGAUCCUCAUCCCGCUGUUUCCCACUGCAGUCACCUUUUGCAACCGCGAAGAUGAAGAUCACGAACGGCUUACAGAACGGUGGUACCACCACUACCACCACCCACUCUUCUUUCGUCGUCCAGCAGAAACCCUGGACUCCCACCAAGCGACGAGGACCAAUCUCCGGAGAGUGGAAGACCCCAGGACCUGCUGACAUCACCCUUCCAUCCACCUUCGGUGUCCAAAGAAAAGUUGACGUUACCAGGUCAAAGUCUCCAGCGUUCACCUUUGCUGGGAAACAUGAAGAGAAAUCAAAGUUCGUGACUCCGGGUCCGGGCAGCUACAACGUAUCCGGUGUCCGGCGCACCGGCAAGGAAGCGCAACAGGGCAAGACUAUCUCGGGCCGGACCAAAUCCCCCCAGCCAUUCAAGACCCCUGCUCCUGGCGAGUACACCCCCCAGAGGAGAAUUGUGCUCCACAAGUCACCCGCCUUCUCUUUCGGCCACAAAGGAAAGGACCCCAAGCCGGACAACAUUCCAGCUCCUGGAGCCUAUGAACCUGAAAAAAGCAUGAAAGCUGUGCUUGAUUCCACACCAAGGUAUUCUUUCCGCAUCAAAUACAAAGAACCAAAGCCAGAUGAUAUUCCAGCUCCUGGUGCUUAUGAACCAGAAAAGAGUAUAAAGGCUGUACUUGAUUCAACACCAAGAUAUUCGUUCCGAAUCAAAUACAAAGAACCGAAGCCAGAUGAUGUUCCAGCUCCUGGUGCUUAUGAACCAGAAAAAAGUAUGAAAGCUGUACUCGAUUCUACGCCAAGAUAUUCGUUCCGCAUCAAACACAAAGAACCAAAGCCAGAAAAUGUCCCAGCCCCUGGUGCAUAUGAACCAGAAAAAAGUAUGAAAGCUGUACUCGAUUCGACGCCAAGAUAUUCGUUCCGCAUCAAAUAUAGAGAUCCUAAACCAGAUAAUGUUCCAGCGCCUGGUGCUUACGAACCAGAAAAAAGUAUGAAAGCUGUACUCGAUUCUACGCCAAGGUAUUCAUUUCGCAUCAAACAUAAAGAACCAAAGCCAGAAAAUGUCCCAGCGCCUGGUGCUUAUGAACCAGAAAAAAGUAUGAAAGCUAUACUCGAUUCUACGCCAAGGUAUUCGUUCCGCAUCAAACAUAAAGAACCAAAGCCAGAUGAUAUUCCAGCUCCUGGAGCUUACGACCCUGAUAAGAGCAUGAAAAAAGUUUUAGAUUCCACUCCACAAUAUUCUUUUGGAAUCAAGCCGAAAGAACCUAAGCCUGAUGAUAUUCCAGCUCCUGGUGCUUAUGAUCCUGAAAAGAGUUUAAAAAACGUUCUCGAUUCCACGCCCAAAUAUUCCUUCGGAUUGAAACCUAAAGACCCGAAAUUGGACGACAUACCAGCUCCCGGUGCUUAUGACCCUGAGAAGAGUGUCAAAAAUGUUCUCGAUUCUUCUCCUCAAUAUUCUUUCGGUCUGAAGUACAAAGAUCCCAAGCCCAACGACGUACCUGCCCCCGGUGCUUAUGAUCCAGAGAAGAGCGUUAAGAAUGUUUUGGAUUCUUCUCCACAAUAUUCUUUCGGUCUGAAAUAUAAGGAUCCGAAACUCGAUGAUAUACCGGCUCCUGGAGCUUAUGACCCGGACAAGAGCGUCAAAAAUGUUCUGGAUUCCUCUCCUCAAUAUUCCUUCGGACUCAAGUACAAGGAUCCUAAGCCCAAUGACGUACCUGCACCUGGUUAUUAUGACGCCGAGAAAGCCGUGAAGAACUUACUAGAAAAGAGUCCGUGUUAUACAAUUGGAGGGAAACCAAAACCUAUUAAAAUAGACGAAACACCUGCCCCCGGUGAAUAUAACGCCGCUGAAGCUUUGAGGAAAUUGAAAGAAUCGAAGCCGAGUUUCUCAUUUGGAGGAAAACAUAAGUCACUGAAAAUAGAAGAAACUCCUGCUCCCGGGACCUACGAUAUCGAGAAGGCGACCAGAACUGUUCUGCAAAAAUCUCCUGCCUACUCACUCGGUGUUAAAUACAAAGAACUAAAGCCUGAUGACAUUCCUGCACCUGGCGCAUACGAUCCUGAAAAAAGCACCAAAACGGUUCUUGGCUCAACACCUGCUUAUUCCUUUGGCAACAAACCUAAAGAUCCUAAGCCAGACGAUCUUCCAGCCCCUGGCGCAUAUGAUGUCGAAAAGGUUGAAAAGACUGUCCAUCAGGCAUCGCCCGCUUACUCUUUUGGUUUGAAACCAAAAGAUCAAAAGCCGGACGAUAUUCCUGCUCCUGGAGCUUAUGAUCCGGAAAAGAGCGUUAAAACUGUUCUUGAACAUAUGCCAAGUUAUUCAUUUGGUGUCAAAUAUAAAGAUCCUAAGCCUGCUGAUAUACCAGCUCCUGGAGCUUAUUCACCCGAGAAGGUUGAAACUGCUCUGAAAGGAGCUCCUAGCUACACAUUCGGCUCCAAAUACAAGGAGCCCAAACCUGAUGACGUACCAGCUCCCAAUUCUUACAACAUUCCUGACACUAUUGGAGGUUGGGAUAAUGUAAAUUACCAAUCUCCACGAUUCACGAUGGGCGGAAAGGAAGGUGAUAUAUGGGGCACAAAUAAGAACCCUGGCCCUGGAUCCUACAACGUCGCUGAAACGGAUAAAAUCAAGCAGAAAUCACCAGCUUACACCAUGAGCCAGAAGACAGAUAUUCCAAGCGACAAGAGCAAGAAACCAGGACCAGGAGCCCAUUCGCCGGAAAAGGUGGUAAUGCAGCAUAGUCCUUCCUACUCCUUCGGUAUCAAGCACUCUCCCUAUUCUCAUCAAUACCAGAAGGAAGCAACCGUUCGCGAUACGGAAACAUCUGUCUUGGAGACGCACGUCGUCACCCAGACGCAAACUCAUGAAGUGUUGAAUCGAUAAAAAAUAGAAUAUCCGCGGAAAACAACCUCAACUGAAUGACCUUCUAUCUUUUUGUUGUAAUUAAAAAUUAAGAUUUCUGUAUGUAUUAAUAUUUCUCACAGACUGAGUUUAUUCUACAAAUAAUAAUAUGCUAAUGAUUCACCUGGAUUUGGGUGUUUUGAAGAUGCUUCCGUGUGGAUUAUCUGAAAGAAUAUAAAUGUAUAACCUUAAAUACUACCAUUUGUUGAGUCUCUUGAGAUUGUGAGACGUUGGAUAGUAUCACCUUCGUGAUUUUAUUCUUACUGUUAUUCAAUGUUAUUCUUCGUGAUUUCAUUCUUACUGUUGCUAAGUGUUAUUCUUCGUGAUUUUAUUCUUGAUGUUACCGAAUGUCAUUCUGAGUAAAGAAUCAUAUUAUUAGGAUGUUAUGUUGAUCUCUGAUCAUUUUAAAGAAUUAAAAAUCAAGUAUCAAAUCAAUAAUUUAAGUAAUUCAGUUUAAGUAUAAAAAGAAUCGUUUAAAAAUUCAGCACCAAUAUAAAAAGAAUCAUUUUAAAGAAUUAAAUUCAAGCAUUAAAAGACCAGUCUAUAAAGUAUUCUAAGAAAUAUUUUUUAUUUAAUUUCGGCACUUGAAAAUAUUUUAUUCGUCAAUUUAUUGCUGCAUAAAAGUUUUAUUUAUUUAAUAAAUUUAUAUUUAAUUUUUAUUAUUAAAUUUUUAUAGCCAUAUAAUCAAUAAAAUAGCGCCAGGAAAAAUUAUGGCAGUAAUGAAGCAGCGUUACGUAUAUAUGAAUAAAUGCUUCUAUUAAUUUAAUAUCAUGUGAUGAACUCGUGCAAUGUAUUAAUUAUUCGAGUUAUUUUGAUCACAUUAUUUUGGUUAAAUUAUUUUUUAAAUGAAUUUUAUUUUAUUAUCGCCAAUUUCAGUGACUUAGAAUUACAAAAAAAUGUGUUUUGUCUCUUGUAAUACCAUACAUUUUAGAGUUAACGAUUCUUGCUUUCCUUCUAAUAGGGGUUUAAAAUAAGAGUCGUAAUAGAGAUUUAAAAGAAAAUAUAUUAUUGAUUGGAUAGUAUGUGGUGUUGAAGUCCCUAAAAUAUUGAUUUUUUCCUUCUUUUUUUUUAAUCCUUGUGUCAUUUUUUGACAAAUUAAUUACAUGCAAAAGUUUUUUCUGUUUAACUUCUGUAAAAUUAUAACUUGUCAUUGUUUGUUUCUGUAUACUGACUUCAUCUAAACAUUGUGCACAUAAACACCAAGUUUAUUAAAAAGAUCUGAAAAACAUAUAAGUUUUAUUAUCAGAAGUAAAAUGAUCUGUGAUUUACAAUUUAGUUUCUUGUUUAAGAAACGUUUACUUUUUUGUGUAUGUUUUCCUGUCAUAAGAAUUUUCAUUGUUUAAUUAUACUCUUUUUUAUAUGAAUUAAUAGUAUUAAAAUGGUUUUACUAACCAAAUGCCAAUAAGCUACUCACUGCGAUACAAGUAAAAGCCUUGUAUCAAAGCUGUCUUUAGUAGUUUGGCGAGUGAUGGGGAAAAUGUGCUUUUAACUUAAUGAAUCCGAGAGUGAUAACUGUUUGGCGUCGAUUCUGGCGACAUUCAUUAUUUUCAUCGUGUUUUGAUAUGCCGUAGAUUUUGAUGUGUUGUGGAAAUAAAGUUUACUUUUUUAAA